AUGGAUAUUCAAAACUUGAUUCUUCUUGAGUUAACGGGUGAGAGUUAUUUUAAAUCAGAUAAACUGGCUGAGAAGCUUGGAGUCGAUCACCAAAUAGUUGUUGGAGGAAUAAAAAGUUUGGAAAACUACAGUGGGAUUAUACAGUGUGAAGAUGUGGUUGAGGUUAUUUUACAGUUAACAGAAGAAGGUGAUGAGAUUUUAAACAGUGGUAGCCAUGAAUACAGAGUAUACUGUGCUAUCCCAGAAUCAGGGAUACUACAAAGUGAUAUUUUGAAAAUAUUUCCAGGUGCUAAAAUAGGUAUUAGCAAAGCCCUUUCGUCAAAGUGGAUAUCACUCACCAAGAAUGAGGCUGGUGUACCUUAUUUGCAUCGUUUGAUCCCAGAAGUCAAAGAUGAUGUGCAACGGUUGUUGUCAGAUGUAAAAGAGUCUAGACGUCCCUUAUCAAAUAACGAAAAGUCUCAAUUGAAAAAACGAAAACUGGUUACCGAAUUAAAGCGCACAUCCUACUUGGUACGAAAAGGUCCAUCAUUUUCAACAAAUAUAAAAUCUGAAGAAACGGAUUUAUCAUCUGAGUUGCUUUUCAGUGGAGAAUGGCAAACAGCUAAAUUUAAGGCUUAUAACUUUUACUCUCUUGGUGCCGCUCUACCAUCUGGACAUCUUCAUCCUCUUCUGCGUGUACGAUCAGAAUUCUGUAGGAUACUUUGUGAUAUGGGAUUUUCAGAAAUGCCUACGAACAAUUAUGUUGAAUGCAGUUUUUGGAAUUUCGAUAGUCUUUUUCAACCACAACAACAUCCUGCUCGAGAUGCACAUGAUACAUUUUUCCUUUCGGAUCCUGAGAUUUCAGAUAUUAACAAAACAGUCGAAACUUGUUACAUUGAUAAAGUUCGUACUGCGCAUAGUCAAGGUGCUUUUGGUAGUCGAGGCUAUCAGUCACCAUGGCUAAUGGAGGAAGCGGAGAAAAAUUUGUUGCGUACACAUACAACAGCAGUGAGCGCCCGUAUGCUUCAUGCAUUAUCUAAAAAGAAUCCAUUUACUCCAGCUAAAUAUUACAGUAUUGAUCGUGUGUUUCGAAAUGAAAAUCUGGACGCCACUCAUUUGGCAGAAUUUCAUCAAGUUGAAGGUCUAGUUGCUGACUUUGGUCUUAGCUUAGGCCAUUUAAAAAGUGUAAUUCGAACUUUCUUUUCAAAGUUGGGACUUACGCAACUGAGAUUCAAACCAGCAUAUAAUCCAUAUACUGAACCGAGUAUGGAAAUUUUUAGUUAUCAUCCUGGUCUCAAGAAGUGGGUGGAAAUAGGUAAUUCGGGACUAUUUCGUCCGGAAAUGCUUAGACCAAUGGGGUUACCUGAAGGAUUGUCUGUUAUAGCCUGGGGAUUAUCUCUGGAACGUCCAACUAUGAUUCGAUAUGGUUAUAAAAAUAUUCGUGAUUUAAUUGGCACCAUUGUGUCGAAUGUACAAGUGUUAGUGCCUGGUUUCGUACCAUUUAUAAUAGCGAGUUUUACUACCGUGAUAUUUAAUUUUUGGCAUCAGUUGUUUUUGCAAACUUGGAAAUUAUUUUUACAUAUGUCUCGUGACAGUUUAAUAUCUGUUAGGUGCCAUCGUGAACAGAUCAUGACGGACGUAAAAAAAACUGAUGCUCAGUCAGCUACUCCUAAGAGACCCAAGAAGCCAGAAGGUCUCCGCGUGAAGGAAAAGAUUAGACGACGAAAACUUAUUACAGUAGCCCGCAAAAAGGUGAUACGUCGACAGACUUAUAUAAAGUUAAAGUCUCUCAUGAAGCAAAGAGCGGAAAAAUACAUGCAUGAGUACCGAAGAUUGGCAAAGCGGGAAACCACAUUGCAGCGUAAAGCUAAGAAGACGGGAGACUUCUAUGUUCCAGCUGAACCAAAACUCGCGUUUGUCGUGCGAAUCCGGGGUAUUAACGGUGUCCACCCACGCCCAAGAAAGACUAUGCAACUGUUUCGCCUCCGGCAAAUCAACAACGGGAUGUUUGUGCGAUUAAAUAAGGCAACUCUUAACAUGCUUCGAAUAAUUGAUCCGUACGUCGCUUGGGGUUAUCCUAGUCUUAAAAUUGUUCGUCAACUCAUUUAUAAACGCGGAUUUUGUAAGUACCAUGGUACACGACUUCCUUUAACAAAUGAGCUAAUUCAACACAAACUUGGACAUCUUGGUUUAAUAUGCGUUGAGGACCUUGUACAUGAAAUAUAUACAGUUGGACCAAACUUCAAACAUGCUGUUGCUUUUCUAUGGACAUUCAAGUUGAGUAAUCCUAGUGGCGGUUUUCGCAAGAAAGGAAAACACUUUGUUGAAGGUGGUGAUUUUGGCAACCGAGAAACCUAUAUAAACCGAUUACUUAAAGCUAUGAUUUAAAUAAAUAAGUUGCGCUUGGUAAUACUCAUGAUCGUUCUUUUCAUUCAACUAUUUAUCAAUACCAUUUAGGCUCCUUUUACAUUACUUAGACAGCAUUCAUAUUAACUUGUCAAAUGUUGCUAACAAUAUUUUCCAGAGCCUUAGUUAUAAUGGAAAGUCCAGCACAAAUAUGGGUCUACCUGAGCCAUCGCAUCACAAUGUCAAGAUGAAACUAACUAGGUGUAAGGAGAACCGAGAUAAUGUUAUUGAAGAUGAUAGAACAUAACAUUAAUGCUUCAAAAUACUUGCGAUCGAAGCCUGGAACUUGAAAAUACUACUAUGAAAGGCCACAUUCCACAAUCACACUAAUACGGAGGUCUGUUUCGCAGUUUAUCUGCUGUUUGGUUGCUAAAUAUCUUGAUCCAUAAGUAGAGUUUUCAAAUGAGGGCCUAGAAUCUCUCAGAUACCAUCACAACAGGGCUUCUGAGGUCGUCGGUCAGUCAGUCAAUCAGCUACAACGUAGGACCAGGCA